CUCUGACAGCUCGAGUCCGCAGGCCGUGCCUGCCCAUGGCCGGCACGGACCGAUUUGCUUUUGUGCCAGCCCAACACAAAAGAGUAGACAGUACCCGGAGAUGAAACAGAUUUCCAGUUCUGCACAUUUACAAAUUCCAUUUGCACCCUCGUUUGGGAUAAUGCUGUGGCACUCCAAGGACAAUUUGUUUUUGUGAAGAAAUCAGGCAGUGCUGUGGAAUUACAUCGGAUGUAGCCUUGCUUAUUUUUUCCUAUUAUUGUCAACACAACAUAUGCCAACUCUUUUGGGCUGUCAACUCUCAUCUCUUACAUCAAGGAAACUGAAUCAUGUACCUUGGCAUAAAAAAAUUAACAGAGCUUGUAUGAAUAUAUUUUGAUAACGUCCUUGAGAUUCCUGAAGACACAGAGAAGCAGGAACAGGUCACUGGAACAACUGUUCAGGCCAAAAGCAGCAGAGAAUACUGACAAGUCUGACCGUGAGUGCUUCCCUUUGAGCUUCAGGUCUCCACCAAGGCAGUGGAAACACAAUUUCUCUGUGGCCUAGGAGCAGCAAAAGGUUGAAAAAAGGUUGAAAAAUCGGUGAAGCCGAGCGGCACCAGACUGAGGACAGACAGACGAACAGGAGCGUGCAGAAAUGUCUCCCUUCGAAAAUAAAGGACUAAUACUGGGCAUAGUGGCGGGGACUGCUGGAUUGAGCCUGGUGCUGGUUUGGUACCGCAAGAUCCGAAAGCCUGGUGCGGCUGUGCGUAUGCAUGCAUUCCAGGAUAUAGGUAACAAAAUUCAUUCUGUGGGUUUGCAAAACGAGGCUCCCAAUGAGCAAGGAGCAGUAGUGGUUUUACAUGGAAGGCAACUGCAGAUACUAGAAAAAUUGAAUGGCCUACUACUAAGUGUGGAUGAACUGAAGAGAGAGGUGGAAUUUCUGAAAGAAGCUAUUCCAAAACUUGAAGAGCUUGUUCGAAAUGAGCUUCAAGGAAAGGGUGAUGCUCAGAGAGUUAGCCCAUCACACAGAGCAACAAGGCGAAGAAAAGCAGAGACAGCUUCUGGUGCAAGAGAAACUACCAGCUCUGAGGAGGCGGAAAGUGAAGGAGGUUACCUUACCGCUCAUACUGAUUCUGAAGGAGACUCCGAGGAAGAAAAAAGAUGUGUGAAAUCACUUGAUGCCAUGGUGAAAUCAGAAGAAGAUGAAGACUUAUUUAAUUUUUUACAGAAGGUGGACAAUUUGCAUAAGGGUUCAGAGGAUGAUAAAAAAGAGGGCUUCAGACUGCUGCUUGAGAAAGAUGACAAGUACGAAAAAUGUGUGGACUUUCUUUGGAGGCUUGCACGUGCUUAUGGAGAUCUGUUUGAGAUGACUACUGAUGCUGAGGAGAAGAGGAAAUAUGUAACUGAUGGAAAGCUUAAAGCUGAAAAGGCUGUUCAGCUGGAUGCUAGAAGUGCUGAGAGUCACCAGUGGUUUGCAAUUAUGUGUGGCUAUAUGUCUCAGUUUGAAAGUGUACAAAACAAAAUCAGGAAUGGUUAUCUCUUUAAGGAGCAUCUAGACAAGGCAAUUGAACUUAAGCCUCAAGAUCCGCUUUUAUAUUACCUAAAUGGAAGAUGGUGCUAUUCAGUAGCUCAGUUGUCUUGGAUUGAAAAGAAAGUAGCUGCUGCUCUCUUUGGGACUCCACCAACUUCAACAGUAGAAGAAGCAUUGCAGAAUUUCCUUAAGGCAGAAGAAAUGCAUCCAGGAUAUUCCAAAUGCAAUUAUGUGUAUUUGGCAAAGUGCUAUAAAGAUCUUGGCCAGAAAAACAAUGCACUGAAGUACUGUGAUUCGGCACUGUCAAUUCUCUCAGUUACUAAUGAGGAUAAAGAGGCCCAGAAAGACUUAGAGGCUUUACUUCUUACACUGAAGCUCUGAUACUACGUACUUUUAACUCUUCAUGCUGUAAUAAAAUUGCAAAACCAAAACGAGAAUCUACAGUGACUGGAAACUGCGGGUGAAUUUCAGCUAAGUCAAUGGAAAAACAGUUGUUAAUUUUGGUUAGCUUGGAUCACAGCCUUUAAGUGUCUGGCAAUUAUGAUAUUAAAAUAAUACAUUCAUUUUUGAUUAUUUAUAAUCUUGUACUGAAGUUUAAUUUUAGAUUUCUGACACUGUGAGUCUGAUUCUCUGAACAUGAAGUCCACUGCUGGCAAUGGACAUACUGGGGGUUAGAAUGCAAAAGGAAUAAAUCUCACUCUUUGAAAAAGAUUAAUCAACUAGUACAUGAUGCCAGCAUAGAACUGUGUGUAGCAUAAACAAACAAAAAAGUGUUUCUAUAGUAAAUUAUAUUUAUAUCAACUAAUUUACACAGAUGUGUACAGAUGAAUAUCAUGAAUAUUUAUGUUUACACAUUUCUCUACUCUUAAAAAAAUUGCAAUCUUGUUGGAGUUAAACAAAGCUGUUGCCGCAACAAAGCUCUUUUUACUUUAAACCUGUUGUUGGUUUUACAAAAAAAUUUAAA